CCAACAUCCACUUCCACGUUCCGGAUGUAAAUUUCCUUGCACAGGAAUACGGGGGGGGCGGUGAUGUCUCUCAAAUGAACGCCAUUAAUUUCUCAUAGGUCGCGUAUGUUGUAUCAUCAUUACCUACAGCCGCUCAAACGGCUUCAUCAGAAGCCACUGGGAACGGGUUGCCCGGGAAACGGCCGCAUGGCAACAGGAUCAGCGCCUGGGGGUUGUCUGCUUCUAGGUCUGCUCCCAUUUUACACAGCGUCUCCUCCUCACUAGAUGGUGUGCGCGCCACUGGAGAGCAGCCUGCACUUCCCCUCGCUCCGUGGGCUGACGUAGGAACCAAACAAACCCGGGAAACUAUAGCAGCACCGCCGCCACCACCACCACCAACCCAUCGUUUUUCUUACGGAGUAAAAACAAGAUAAAAAAAACAACAGAUUUGACGACCAGGGUUUUGCGUGCAGGUUUUUAUUGAGAACAACACUUGGGGAGACUUGGGUGCAGCAGUUCUGUGAUGGACAUCAUGUUGGCGGUGCAGGAUGCGUGCGUCUCCGGUCAGUGGCUCACCGCGAUCCUGCUCAGUGUGUGCUGCUUUCUCCCUUCCUGCUUGCCCGCUGGACAAACGGUGGACUAUUCCUCGGUGGAAAGUGUGGUGAGCAGACAAGGCGACACGGCGAUAUUGAGAUGCUACCUGUUGGACGGCAUCUCCAAAGGUGCCUGGCUCAACCGCUCCAGCAUCAUCUUCGCGGGGAGCGACAAGUGGUCGGUGGACCCGCGCGUCUCCAUCGUGUCGAGCGUGGCGGACAAACACGAGUACAGCCUGCAGAUACAGAAGGUGGACGUGACGGACGAUGGCCAGUACACCUGCUCCAUCCAGAGCGAGCGCAACCUGCGGCCAAAGCAUCUCAACCUCGUCGUCAAAGUUCCCCCCAAGAUAUACGACAUCUCGGCUGAUAUAACCGUGAACGAGGGCAGCAACGUGUCGCUCAUCUGCACCGCCAGUGGGAAACCCGAGCCCUCCAUUUCCUGGAGACACAUAACCCCAUCAGCUAAGAAGUACGACAGCAGUGAAUACCUCAACAUCACCGGCAUCACCCGGGACCAGUCUGGGGACUACGAGUGCAGUGCGCUGAACGACAUCGCCUUCCCGGACACCAAGACCGUCAGAGUCACAGUUAACUUCGCCCCGUCCAUCCACGAGAUGAAGAGCCACGGGGUGGGCCUGGGCCGGACCGCCCUGCUGAGGUGUGAGGCCGCCGCCGUGCCCGUGCCCAUCUUCGAGUGGUACAAGGGGGAGAAACGGAUUAUCAAGGGCCAAGGCAUCGACAUCAAGAACCUGAGCUCAAGGUCCGUGCUGACCGUGAACAACAUGACAGAGGAUCGCUACGGCAACUACACCUGCGUCGCCACCAACAAGAUCGGCUCGGCCAACGCCAGCGUGCCACUUAUCCCACCCAACACGGCGCCCUAUGGGAGUACAGGAAGCGGCCAGGUUCCGCUGGCCUGCUGGUCCCUGAUCCUGGCUCUCUCCACCUUCAUCAGCGCGUACUAG